AUGAUUCUCGACCUAUUCGCGCUGUUUGAUGGCGUACACUGGAGGAGCAGCACAGUCACAACUCUUGCCUUGGCUCUGGACCCAACUUUAGGAACAGCUCUCCAAACUAGCAAUGAGCAGGCUAAUGGUUCCGCCCAGCGUCUCCUCGAACGAUGUAACGCGCUCGGAAAGAAGAUUGAGCUUCGCUGUGCCGGACUGGUGGAGCUGGUCGACUCUGAGAUUGGAUUUGUUCAUCGCUCGGCCCAAGACUUCCUAGUAGACACACUUAAUGGUCGUGCAAUACUGGCAUACGACACGACUUCACGACAGGAUGGCGUUUAUCAACUUAUCAAUGCCCACCUCACAGUUCUAUCCGUUCAAAGCGAAGAAUACCUUGACUGUUUCUACCAUUGGCUAGGGAGAGGCCAUUAUCUGAUCCGAGCAUCUAUCAAGCUCGUGCUCCGUGCAUACAACACUCUGGUUACGCUUUCUGACGCUGAAGCUAUGGAGCUUCUAGACCGCAUCUAG